ACUGAACUUGGAGAAGGAAAGAAGAGAUGUGAGACUCUGGUAGCUCGAGAGCCAAUUGAUCCUCACAGGUGUGCGCUCCUAGAAGGUUCGACACUGUGGGUCGAGUGGGAAUAACUUCAUCCAGGGGGUUUGGUGGACCGUGCUUAUACGAGAGCUGGCCGAGGGUCAUUGAGGCCCAUCUCGGGCCCAGCCCGUUACAUCGAUCAUCAUGCUUGGCAGUCCGCAGCGCUGAAGCCGAACAUGGCCACUUUUGAAAAAUUGCAAUACAGUUCUGGCCUCCAAAGAAGUCACCCACUGAGGCUCCAGCUCCUAUUGCCGAUGGCUUUGCCACUCCAACUCCGUCAACAGCUGGCCAAAUAUAGUCAGCAAACCAAGCCAUCUAGGACCCGACGACAGCUCUUCCAAAAGGUCAACAAAGCCUUUGACCGUAUGGACAGCAAUAUCGCUAUGUUGCAAGCUGAAAAUGAAGCUCCAAAUUCGGUAUUUGCAAGCAUUGGAGCAAUCCGCAGGGCGCAGAUAGAAGCCGGGGCAGUAUAGACUGAGCAAGUUGAUACUUCUGAAGAUGGGGAAUCUAGCGAUACCGCUAGUUGUAUUGUAGCAGCUGCGAAAAGUAGGAAGAGCGGCAUUUGAGAUGGUUGUGGUUGAUAUCCGGAUUAGGAAAUCAAGC